CGCCGCUCUCCGGCUGUCCUAUAUAAACACGGCGUUCUCCUGAGGUUCCGUACUACCAGCACCGGCACGUACAACAUUACAGCCGGAGUUCGUACAACACGGCGGUAGCAGCAAGGUAGCCAGCGAGAUGGAGCGACAAUCCAGGACUGCGGCGAUGGAGGUGGAGGCGGCGUCCAAGACCACGUUCAGGAUCCCGGUGGACUCCGACAACAAGGCCACGGAGUUCUGGCUCUUCUCCUUCGUGAGGCCGCACAUGAGCGCCUUCCACCUCUCGUGGUUCUCCUUCUUCUGCUGCUUCGUCUCCACCUUCGCCGCGCCGCCGCUGCUGCCGCUCAUCCGGGACACGCUCGGCCUCACGGCCAAGGACAUCGGCAACGCCGGGAUCGCCUCUGUGUCCGGCGCCGUGUUCGCCCGUGUCGCAAUGGGCACGGCCUGCGACCUGGUCGGGCCACGCCUGUCGUCCGCGGCGAUCAUACUCCUCACCACCCCCGCGGUUUACUGCUCCGCCAUCAUCACCGGGCCGUCGUCCUUCCUGCUCGUGCGCUUCUUCACGGGCUUCUCGCUCGCCUCCUUCGUGUCGACGCAGUUCUGGAUGAGCUCCAUGUUCUCGCCGCCCAAGGUGGGGCUGGCCAACGGCGUCGCCGGCGGCUGGGGAAACCUCGGCGGGGGCGCCGUGCAGCUCCUCAUGCCGCUGGUGUUUGAGGCCGUCAAGAAGAUCGGGAGCACGCCGUUCACGGCUUGGCGCGUCGCCUUCUUCAUCCCGGGCGUCAUGCAGACGUUCUCGGCCAUCGCCGUGCUGGCGUUCGGGCAGGACAUGCCCGACGGCAACUACCGCAAGCUCCACAAGGCCGGGGAUAUGCACAAGGACAGCUUCGCCAACGUGCUGCGCCACGCGGUCACCAACUACCGCGCCUGGAUCCUGGCGCUCACUUACGGCUACUGCUUCGGCGUUGAGCUCGCCGUCGACAACAUCGUGGCGCAGUACUUCUACGAUCGCUUCAAUGUCAACCUCCACACCGCCGGCCUUAUCGCCGCCAGCUUCGGGAUGGCCAAUAUCAUCUCCCGUCCCGGUGGAGGACUCUUGUCCGACUGGCUCUCGGAGCGGUUCGGCAUGCGCGGCAGGCUGUGGGGGCUGUGGAUCGUGCAGACCAUCGGCGGGAUCCUGUGCGUCGUGCUCGGCGUCGUCGACUACUCCUUCGCCGCCUCCGUGGCCGUCAUGAUGCUCUUUUCCUUCUUCGUGCAGGCGGCUUGCGGGCUCAGCUUCGGCAUCGUGCCGUUCGUGUCGCGGAGGUCCCUGGGCCUAAUUUCCGGCAUGACAGGCGGCGGCGGCAACGUCGGCGCCGUGCUAACGCAGGUCAUAUUCUUCCGCGGCGGCAAGUACAAGACGGAGACGGGGAUCUUGUACAUGGGGCUCAUGAUCAUCGCCUGCACGCUGCCCAUCACGCUCAUCUACUUCCCGCAGUGGGGCGGCAUGUUCGUCGGCCCAAAGCCGGGGGCGACGGCGGAGGAGUACUACAACCAGGAAUGGACCGAGCAGGAGAGGCAGAAAGGCUACAACGCCUCCACCGCGCGCUUCGCCGAGAACAGCGUGCGCGAGGGCGGCCGCAAGUCGGCGUCGGCCAGCCAGUCAAGGCACACCGUCCCCGUCGAUGCGUCGCCGGCCAACGUCUGAAGAACAGAAUCCCACAUGCACUUCGUUAAUUUUGUGUCUCGCGCAAGUAUGACUUGAGCGAUGAUGCGGCCAGUUUUCUACAUUUGCUUCUACUAGCACCGCUUGACAUUUGGUUUGCUCUUGUUGUUUAUACAGUACAUGGUUGUUGUGAAAUACAGAUUUUGUUUUGUGAUUGUUUUCUAGAAAGCCAUUGGCCACCUUGGUUGUAGAUAGUUCAAGCAACCGUCUCUCUAGACAGUUGCAUCCAAAAUCCAUAAACGUCCACUGCCCAUCCGAAAGAAGAUAAGACCACUCUCGAG